ACGGAAAGCAUUAAUUUGUUAUUAACAUGGUCGUAUUAUAGCGGCGGUUAUAUGACCGCCACUAAAACUCACACUAAAUUAUAUAUGAGAAUGGUUUCUCCCAAAUUCUAUUUUUCUCAAUUCUUCCACAAUUCCCGCCGCUAAAACCCCAGCAUUAAUCUCAAAUUGUGCGUUCCAUCUUCAUCUCCCAUACCUUCUUAAAUCUCCAUCUCCAAUACCUUCUUAAAUCUUCAAUACCUUCUUAAAUCUCCAUCUCCAAUACCUUCGUGCAUUCAAUUCCCAAUUCAAUCAAAUCCUUCCUGGACCGUUCAUUUUGCUUGUAGCCGACGGAGUUCGUCGCCGACAACGGAGUUCGACGGAAUUCAAACACGAGGAAGCCCAAGCCGCCGGAGUUCGUCGCCGCCGGAGUUCGCUUUCACUUCAGAUACAUUUUGUUGCUACGAUAUGCCAAGAUCAAAAAGGUUCACGGAUAUGAGUCGGUCAAAGUCUCAUCAACAAUCUUCUUCAUCAACACAUGAGCAAUUGUUGAAUGAUGCACCACUUGAAGAACAAACCCAGGAUAAUGAAACACCUCAAGAGCAAGCUCAAUAUAGUGAGACACGACAAGACCAAAAUGAUGAAGAUUUGCAAUCUUCAUCUAAAAGGAAAACGAGGACUGCGUGGGAAGUUGAUGUGAUUAAUGAAAGAAGGAUUUGUGAGGAAGAAAAAAUUAAAAGUUAAAGAAGUUUGGACACUCCCAUUGGGGGAAAGAAUCAUAGUCCCAUUUGACAACUUUGAUACACCAUCCACCGACGCAGCUGGAUUAUUUACUGGAACACUUGCAGGGUUGGCACAGGAAAGUAGCACAUUUCCAAUCAAUUUUACUGAUUGGAGAUUGAUGCCAAAGCAAUAUAAAGAAGAUACAUUUGCCAAAAUAAUCAAGCUCAAAUUUCACUUCCAAAAUGAUGAGAUUGCAAAACAUUGGACACUUCAAAAUAUUGGGAGGAAAUGGAAGGACUUCAAAUCUAGGUUGUGGAUAGAGUUCUAUGAUCAUACGUUAAAUCGGGAUGAACUGAUUAGUAAGUGUCCAAUUGGAAUUCAUAGAGACCAGUGGUCAAGUUUUGUCAACUAUCGUUUGUCAGAAAAAUCUAAGGAAAUGUGCAGAAAAAAUGCUGAAAGUAGAAAACAACAAAAAAUUGCACAUACUUGUGGAUCAAAGAGCUUUGCUAGGAGAAGGGCUGAGAUGGAAAUUGAGCUCGGGCAUAAUGUUAAUCGCUCAGAACUAUGGAUUGAUACCCACAAAGUAAAAAGAGGGUCAUCUGUUAAUGAAGAAUGUAGAAUUAUCACAGAAAAAAUCAUAAAUGAAAUGGAGAAAGGCUCAUCUUCUCAAUCACAAUCUAUUUCACAAGAUGACCCUCUUGGCAAAACUUUAGGAAAAGAGCACAACGGACGUGUUCGUGGGUUAGGUUUUGGACCAUGCCCAUCUAAGGUAUUUAACAAUACUUUAAGGAUGAAUGACAAAGAUUAUGUGUCCACUUUGGAGAAAGAGUUAGCUGCAACUAAAGCUCAAUUGCAAGUUCAAAGUGAUAAAUUGCAAGUUCAAAGUGAUAUGCAAAAGGCCAUGGGAGGGGCUCUUGUUGCUAUUUUGGAAAGAACUUUUGGCAAAGUUCCUGAAGAAUUUGCUACCUUCCUUAACCAAACAUCUCAACCAGUACCCGAUGAAGGAAGCAAGCAACAAUCUUCACAAGGGAGUGGAAAGCAAAAUUCAUCCUCUAGUCAUCAUGUUAAUGGACAAUCUUCUACAUGAUAUGCAACUGUUGCAGAGAGACUCACAGUUGACGAGAUACUUGAAAACUGGAUGAAGAUAAAACCUAUAAUAGUGGAAGAAUGGAAUGAAAACAGAAAUGAAAACCUGUGGCUAUCGCGCUGGGGACCGGAGCAGCAUCUCAUCCCUAAUCGAGACUCACCUAUGUCUCUGGUAUGGCUCCAGCUUCCUUCUCUUCCCAUUCAUUUAUUCGACGCAGAUAUGCUAUCACAAAUUUGCGCACCUGUUGGAAGAGUUGUGGCCCUAGACUCUGCAACAAUCCGACGGACGAGGCCUAAUAUUAUGAAGGUGAGAGUUGAAUUGGAUGCAUCUAAGCCUUUGAGCGAUCGAAUUUUGAUUGAAAUAGAUGAUGGAAAAGGAAUUCCAGUUGGCUUUUGGCAAAUUGUUGAGGCGGACAGAGUACCACGAUACUGUUCAAUUUGUGGCAAAUUUGGGCACAAAAUGGAAUGGUGUAGAAGAAGGGGUGGUUGUGAAGUGGAAGGAAUUGGGGGUAAAGGCUUGGCAGAGGAGAUGGGAGCAGUUGGACCUCCUGUUCGCCAAAUGCCAGAAUGAAUUGUGCAGAGAUGGCUAAGACUUUUGAAUACAUCCUGGAAGAGGGGAAAGAUUCUCAGGGAAAAGAAUCAGUGGAAGGCCUAAAAGCUGACAUGAUUACACCUGAUCGGGUUACACCUAAUCUGGAGGCAACACUGGCUUCCCUUGCUGAUGAAAUCAUUGGUGAGGCAGCUGCAGGUCUGAUGGAGGAGAUUGCAGAAGAAGUUUUGAAAGAAGGUGAUCAGAAGGCUCCAAGAUGGGCUGACAUGGUGGAGGAAGAAGCUCAGGCUGAAUCUCCUGCAAAUGAGAAGGUUGAUGUGCAGAAUUCUAAGGACAAGCCUGCCAAGGCUUUAUCAAAAAGCCAAAUAAACAGGAUGAAAAAGAAACAACGAAAGGCCAAAAGUGCUGAACGUGUUUGAAGAAUAAUGUUUUGAACUGUCAGGGAAUGAAAAUGCAUUAGAGUUAAAGACCUAGUAUUAUUUUAUCAAUAUUAAUUACAAUUGAUUUUUUUCAAUUAAAUGUGUACAUAGAGUUUAUUUGUGAUUGCAAUACGCAUUUGAAUAUAACGAUUUUUGAA